CAUCAGACGCUCCAGGAGAACCAAACUGCUUCAUAGGAACAGAUGCAGCGAGAAAAUGAGUUCUGCUCAGAGUCUAACGUCCAGACUGAAGGUUCUGGAGUGCCACUUCACCUGGGAUCUGAACACCAACCAGAGCAAACUAUUCCGUAUCAGAGAUAAGCUGGAGGACAUCGGCACAGAUGAGGGAAACUUCUGGCUGGGUCACAUCUACAACCUGCGGGGGUUCAUCCAGUUCAAGCUGGGCUCCUCCUCUGAGGCCCUGAAGUUAUUCACCAAGGCCACUAAGACCUUCCAACACCAGAAGCACUCAGAUGAAGGUCCAUGGCUGACGGUGAACUAUGGGAAUCUGGCUUGGCUGCACCAUCAUCUCAGAGAAGAUGAGAAGAGUCAGGAUUACCUCUCAAAGGUUGAAGCUCUGAUGAAGACCAAGAAGGUGGAUCUCCAUCCAGAGGUCUAUGCUGAGAAGGCCUGGACCCUGAUGAAGUUCGACAAAGAGAAGAAGCUGCAGGCUGCAGAGCUCUUCCAGAAAGCCGUGAAGAUGCAGCCAGAUAUGGUGGAAUGGCAGAGCAGCCGUAUGAUCGGCCUGCUGAGCUCCUUCAAGCACAGCGAUGAAGAUCCAGAUGCUGAUAUCCUGGAGGACCUGAGAGUCGCCAGAGAAGAAGAUCCAGAAAACUUGUACCUGGCAGCCGUGGAGCUGAAGCAACGCGCCAAGAAAGGCGAGCAGAUCAAGGAUGAAGCCCAGGAGCUGUCAGAGAAGAUCCUGCUGAACCCUGUCAGCAGCUACAGUGGCAUCAAACCGCUGCUGAGGAUCUACAGACAAACCGAAGCCUUUGAUAAAGGGAUCGAGGUGGCAGAGCAGGCCCUGAAGAACAAUCCAGACUCCCGGUACCUGAAAAGAUGCGCUGCUCUUUGCUACAAGUGGAAGAUUGUUUUCUGCAGGGACGGACGCCCAAGUCAAACCAGCUUUGACCGAGCAAUUGGCCUGCUGGAGGACAUCAUCUCCCUCUACCCACAGUCCUCUCUAACCAAGAAACUGGAUCUCGCUGGUGUACUGGCAAAGUCUGGGCGGGGACUGACGAAAUCGGACCAGAUCUACAAUAAGCUGCUGCAGAGCACUUUGGAUCCUGCAGACAAACAGUGCGUCUUCAACAGCUACGCCAAGUACCUGAAUUUCGACCGAAAGGAGUGGGACCGGUCCAUUCAGUACCACAUGAAGGCUGCAGCCAUAGACAACGACUCCUUCCCCAGGAAGAACAGCAUCAAGGCGCUGCAGAAGAUCAGAGACCGCGGCAGGUCCAGGAUGUGCAGAGAGAUCCGGGAGUUUCUGAAAAAACUGGAGGACGACGGGACUGUUUAGAUGCAGAUCUGAUCGGAACUUUGAGAACGGAUUAUUUUAGCUUUAGUCCGAUUCCUCAAGUUCAAGGAGAACAUCAGAGCCACUGAUUUAAGCAUAGCAUACAUAGGGCGUGUUCGAUUUCAGCAGCUGCAUCCCACAAAGACCUGGUCUACCUGGACUGGGUCCUUAAAGGUCCUUGAAAAUAAGGAGGCCAGGAGUUUAGCUAUGGAUUCAAACAGAUCCAGCCUUCUCUGGCUUCCAUUUGCACAGGAACAGAUAAAACCUUAAAAUAAACCAAACACCACCUGCCGCAUAUCUGACUCAAUAACCAUUUAAAACAAAUAUUUUAAUUAAUUUCAGGUGGAACUAUUUACACAUUUGUAUUAUAUAAAACUGCACUUCCAAUAUUCCCCACUGCUUGGCGCCAUUUCCCUUUUUCCUCUGAGCAUGGAGAAGCCGGGUUGCUCGGACUCAUGCAUCUGGCCUUCAGAGGACGCUGCUGCUGAAUUCGAACUCUGCAUCAAUCAACUUUUCAACAACUACUUUCAUGUUUUAUGAUUUGUUCUCUGUGUUUUUAAUUCAAAAACAAA